AUGGCACUGCAUCAGCUCACUGUGCAUGCAUGCUUGCCAUCACCCAAGAUGGUGGUUGGGGCAUCAACACCCCCCACCAUCUGGGUGAUGGCAGGGACCAAUGGUGUGAACCAGAUGGGGGGUGCCUUUGUGAAUGGCUGCCCCCUGCCCCACUUCAAGAGGAGGAGGAUUGUUGAGCUGGCCUCCUGUGGACUGCGAGCCACGGACAUUUCACGUCACUUGAAGGUUUCCAAUGGGUGUGUCAGCAAGAUUCUCACCCGCUACUACCAGACCGGGGUUGUCCAACCAAAGGCUGUAGGAGGGAGCCGGCCACGAACAUCUACACCAGAAGUGGUGGCCCGGAUUGCCCAGCUGAAGCAGCAGCAGCCAUUCAUCUUUGCCUGGGAGAUCCAAGGGAAACUACACACGGAGCGAGCCUGUGCUACAGACAGGAUGCCCAGUGUGUCUUCCAUCAACCGCAUCCUCAGAAGCCUGCAAAUGGACAUGCAGUUCCACUGGGUGUAACUUCCAAACUCUCUUCCAGCAUUCCAGAGAGGGCAGUACCCAGAGAUGGCCAUCCGAGAGAAGAUGGCGUCUGCUACUGGCCUACCAGAUGCCACUAUCAGAGUGUGGUUUUCUAAUCGGAGAGCAAGAUGGCGUCGGGAGGCCAAGACCACGAUGGGCACAGGACAAGCAGGGCACGGGAUCCCCAAGGCUAUCUGUUGCUUGCUGAGUGACCUUGGCAAGCUGAGCAGCCCUGCCGGGGCCUGGAUGUUGCCCUAUCUGCAGCCAACCGCCCCGCCGCCCUGUGCCUGGAAUGAGCCCGGCUGUGGGCUGGCUGCUGAAGGGGCUCUGACUCCCCCACUUUGGAAGCCAUGCUUGCCUCCCCUUGAGGAGCCUCUGAGGGGUUCCCAUCAGCCAUCUGGUGCCAUGGAAAUGCCAGCCCUGGAAGCCCCUCCUCCUCCUGGCACUCUGUGCAAGCUCCAGUUCCUCCCCAAGGACCAGAUAGCAUGA